AUGUUCGACUUCCUCGUCGCGCGUGACGAUGACGGCUUCCUGAUCGAUAUCGAUGGCGCGCAGGCCGACGCUUUCCUCAAGCGCAUGACGCUCUACAAGCUGCGCUCCAAGGCCGAUUUUUCCGUGCGCGAUGAACAGGUUGUGACCGUUUCCUGGGACGAUGAAUCGGGCGGUUCGCAGAUUGAUUCAAGCGUGCACCUGCGUGACCAACGGUUCGCGGCCACCGCCGUGACCCGCGCCAUCGUUCCGUCGGGCACGGUGCUGGCGGACGCGGCAUCGGAGCGGGACUGGCACCGUGUGCGCAUCGACAAUGGCGUCGUGGAAAGCGGCACCGACUUCGCGCUGGGCGAUGUGUUCGGCCAUGACAUCUCGCUCGACCAGAAUGGCGGGCUCGACUUCAAGAAGGGCUGCUAUGUCGGCCAGGAGGUGGUGAGCCGGAUGCAGCAUCGCGGCACGGCGCGGCGGCGCGUGGUGAUCGUAUCGGGCGACGCAGCGCUGCCUGCGACCGGGGCGGAGAUUACCGCCGGCGGCAAGCCGGCGGGCACGCUGGGUACCGUGGCCGGCGACCGCGCUCUGGCGAUCGUCCGUCUCGACCGGAUCGGGACAGCGACCGACACGGGCGCACCGGUGCUUGCCGGCGAUAUUGCGGUGCGCGCGGAUCUGCCGCCGGGCGCCGGCGCUCCGCCGCGCGCCUGGCAGCGCAUGCUGUCGGGCCGGCGGCUCGAUCUGCUCGACCCCUCGCCGCUCGACAUCGAGAUCAGCGACAUCGCGCACGGGCUCGCGCGCGUGGCGCGCUGGAACGGGCAGACCCGCGGCGAUCAUGCCUUUUCGGUUGCGCAGCAUUGCCUGGCAGUCGAGCAGAUCGUGCGCCGGCUGAAACCGGAUGCGGACCGGACGCUGCUCUUGAUGGCGCUGCUCCACGAUGCGCCCGAAUAUGUCAUCGGAGACAUGAUCUCGCCGUUCAAGCACGUGAUGGGCGGCGACUACAAGGCGGUCGAAGGCCGGCUGCACAUGGCGAUCCAUCUGCGCUUUUCCCUGCCAGCCGAAACACCUUCCGCCGCCAGGAAACUGAUCAAGCGCGCCGACAUGAUCGCCGCCUUUCACGAGGCGACGCGGCUCGCCGGUUUCACAAUUGCCGAGGCGGGCACCUAUUUCGGCCGGCCGCGCACGGUGACGGCCGACGGUUUGCCGCUGACGCCGCAGCCCUCGGCCACCGUCGAGGCCGCCUUUCUGGCGCGGUUCGCCGAACUGGAACAAAUUGCCGAUACGGCACGCCGUCACGCGCCGAGCCACAUGCUGACGGUGAUCAGCGGCGAUCCGCCCGUGCCGCGUCCCGACAGCGUCGCCGCGGUCGAUCAUCUGCGGCUGAACAUGAACGACAUCGCCGUCGAGGCGCCGGGCAUGAUCACGCCUGGCGAAGCGCAUGUGCGACAGAUCCUGGACUUUGCGCAUCGCUGGGACCGGACCGCGCCGAUGCUGAUCCACUGCUUUGCGGGCGUGUCGCGAUCGACGGCCAGCGCCUACAUGAUCGCGCUGGCGCUCAAUCCCGAUCUCGAUGCGAUGAUGGCAGCGCGGCUUUUGCGGCUGCGUUCAUCGACGGCGACGCCGAACCCGAAACUUGUCGCCAUCGCCGACGAUGUUCUGGGGCGCGGCGGCGCGAUGGUCGACGCAAUCCGGUCCAUCGGACGCGGCGCGGAUUGUUUCGAGGGCGCGCCGUUCGUCUUCCCCGUGUCGGACGAUCACGCCGGCCAGUUUUGA